AUGGCCAUUGAAAACAACACGAGGGUCACUGAAUUCAUUUUCACAGGUUUGAGUUACAACCCCCAGUUUCAGGUCUUCCUCUUCCUGCUCUUCCUGAGUUUCUACCUCAUCAAUCUCACCGGAAACUUGGGUAUGAUUAUUCUGAUUCGGGUUGAUUCCUGCCUUCACACGCCCAUGUACUUUUUCCUCAGCCACUUGUCCUUUGUGGACAUCUGCUUCUCCUCUGUUGUGAUCCCCAAGAUGCUCACUGACUUCUUCGUGAAGAGGAAGGUCAUCUCUUUCUUGGGCUGUGCUUUGCAACAGUGGUUUUUUGGGUUCUUUGUGGCAGCAGAGUGUUUUCUGCUGGCAUCCAUGGUCUAUGACUGCUAUGUGGCCAUCUGCAACCCAUUAUUGUAUUCCGUUGCCAUGUCCCAGAGACUGUGUAUCCAGCUGGUCGUUGGUCCCUACGUCAUCGGGUUCGUGAACACCAUGACCCAUACACCGAAUGCAUUUCGUCUUCCUUUUUGCGGCCCCAAUGUCAUUAAUCAUUUCUUCUGUGAUAUGUCCCCCCUGCUUUCCCUCGUAUGUGCUGACAGCAGGCUUACUAAGUUGGUAGUUUUUGUUGUGGCUGGAGCUGUGGGAGUCUUCAGUGGUCUGACUAUCGUGGUCUCCUACACGUAUAUCCUCAUUGCCAUCAUGAAGAUCCACUCUGCUGAGGGCAGGCGCAAAGCCUUUUCUACUUGUUCUUCUCACCUGACGGCUGUCUCCAUCCUAUAUGGUACUCUUUUCUUUAUUUAUGUACGGCCUAGUGCAAGUUUCUCGUUGGACAUCAAUAAAGUGGUAUCGGUGUUUUACACAGCCGUGAUCCCCAUGUUGAACCCACUUAUCUACAGCUUGAGAAACAGGGAGGUCAAAGAUGCCAUCCACAGGACCGUUACUAGGAGGAAGAUGUGUAGGGACUAA